GAGCAUUCAGUUAUGGAGGGAUUGAUUCUCUUCUCGCUAUCGAUAACAGCGAAAAUAGAACUUUCUGACUCUAUCGCUCUCUCAAAAUUUGAACUGAAACUCAAAGAAUGACAGAGAUGGAGGACACCACAGUAACCUUUAAGAAUCUCACUAGCAGAGAGUACCCGGGUCAUAAGAAGAAGGUGCAUUCUGUGGCUUGGAACUGCACGGGCACGAAGCUCGCAUCGGGUUCUGUAGAUCAAACCGCUAGGGUUUGGCACAUUGAGCCCCACGGACAUGGUAAGGUUAAAGAUAUUGAAUUGAAGGGGCAUACUGAUAGUGUGGAUCAGCUGUGUUGGGACCCCAAGCAUGCCGAUUUGAUUGCCACUGCCUCUGGAGACAAGACAGUUCGUCUAUGGGAUGCCCGUAGUGGAAAAUGUGCGCAGCUAGCAGAACUUAGUGGCGAGAACAUUAACAUCACCUAUAAACCUGAUGGGACGCACAUUGCCGUUGGUAAUAGGGAUGAUGAACUAACAAUUCUGGAUGUUCGGAAAUUUAAGCCCAUUCACAAGCGAAAGUUCAAUUAUGAGGUUAAUGAAAUUGCUUGGAGCACAACAAGUGAAAUUUUCUUCUUGACGACUGGAAAUGGUACUGUUGAAGUACUAGCAUACCCAUCUCUUCGACCAGUUGACACUCUCAUGGCUCAUACAGCUGGGUGUUAUUGCAUUGCGAUUGACCCACUUGGAAGGUAUUUUGCUGUUGGAAGUGCCGAUUCCUUGGUCAGCCUGUGGGAUAUCUCAGAGAUGCUCUGUGUGAGAACAUUUACAAAACUUGAAUCGCCUGUGAGGACAAUAAGCUUCAACAACACUGGAGAGUAUCUUGCUUCUGCCAGCGAAGACUUAUUUAUUGAUAUAUCCAAUGUUCAAACUGGGAGGACAGUGCAUCAAAUCCCAUGUAGGGCUGCCAUGAACAGUGUUGAGUGGAAUCCUAAAUCCAAUCUGCUUGCUUAUGCUGGGGAUGACAAGAACAAAUACCAGACUGACGAAGGUGUUUUUAGGAUAUUUGGCUUCAAAAACUCAGCCUAAUGUCUGACCUCAUGUCCGCAGAUGUGUGAUUAUUUGACAGCAGCUGACAGGUUGUCCAAGACAAAGUGCGGUGUGUGACCACUUGGUUCUGUUUGUACUAAGUUUUCCCGAGUGCAUUCAUUCAAGAUGAGGCAAUAGGCACUUUUUAAAGGAUAUUUGGCUUAGUGCGGCCUUCUCUGAGAGUUUUGCCCUUUUUCUGUUUGACUUGUAAGUAGAGCACUUUUGUGCCCAUAACUGUUUGGUUCUAAACUUCCA